GAGCCUGCUGUUAAGGAAAAGGAAGAGCCUGAUGUUAAGGAAAAUGAAAAGCCUGCUGUUAAGGAAAAGGAAGAGCCUGAUGUUAAGGAAAAUGAAGAGCCUGAUGUAAAAGAAAAUGAAGAGCCUGAUGUCAAGGAAAAUGAAGAGCCUGCUGUUAAGGAAAAGGAAGAGCCUGAUGUUAAGGAAAAUGAAGAGCCUGAUGUUAAGGAAAAUGAAGAGCCUGAUGUUAAGGAAAAUGAAGAGCCUGAUGUCAAGGAAAAUGAAGAGCCUGAUGUCAAGGAAAAUGAAGAGCCUGAUGUCAAGGAAAAUGAAGAGCCUGCUGUUAAGGAAAAUGAAAAGCCUGCUGUUAAGGAAAAUGAAGAGCCUGAUGUUAAGGAAAAUGAAAAGCCUGAUGUUAAGGAAAAUGAAGAGCCUGAUGUAAAGGAAAAUGAAGAGCCUGAUGUAAAGGAAAAGGAAGAGUCUGAUGUCAAGGAAAAAGAAGAGCCGGAUGUAAAGGAAAAUGAAGAGCCUGCUGUUAUGGAAAAGGAAGAGCCUGCUGUUAAGGAAAAGGAAGAGCCUGAUGUCAAGGAAAAGGAAGAGCCUGAUGUUAAGGAAAAGGAAGAGCCUGAUGUUAAGGAAAAGGAAGAGCCUGAUGUCAAGGAAAAGGAAGAGCCUGAUGUCAAGGAAAAGGAAGAGCCAGAUGUAAAGGAAAAUGAAGAGCCUGAUGUUAAGGAAAAUGAAGAGCCUGAUGAAAAGGAAAUUGAAGAGCCUGAUGUUAAGGAAAAUGAAGAGCCUGACGUUAAGGAAAAUGAAGAGCCAGAUGUAAAGGAAAUUGAAGAGCCUGAUGUAAAGGAAAUUGAGGAGCCUGAUGUUAAGGAAAAUGAAGAGCCUGAUGUAAAGGAAAAUGAAGAGCCUGAUGUAGAGGAAAUUGAAGAGCCUGAUGUAAAGGAAAUUGAAGAGCCUGAUGUUAAGGAAAAUGAAGAGCCUGAUGUUAAGGAAAAUGAAGAGCCUGAUGUAAAGGAAAAUGAAGAGCCUGAUGUAAAGGAAAAUGAAGAGCCUGAUGUUAAGGAAAAUGAAGAGUCUGAUGUUAAGAAAAAUGAAGAGCCUGAUGUUAAGGAAAAUGAAAAGCCUGCUGUUAAGGAAAAUGAAAAGCCUGCUGUUAAGGAAAAGGAAGAGCCUGAUGUAAAAGAAAAUGAAGAGCCUGAUGUUAAGGAAAAUGAAGAGCCUGAUGUAAAAGAAAAUGAAGAGCCUGAUGUUAAGGAAAAUGAAGAGCCUGAUGUAAAAGAAAAUGAAGAGCCUGAUGUCAAGGAAAAUGAAGAGCCUGACGUCAAGGAAAUUGAAGAGCCUGACGUUAAGGAAAUUGAAGAGCCUGACGUUAAGGAAAAUGAAGAGCCUGAUGUUAAGAAAAAUGAAGAGCCUGAUGUUAAGGAAGAUAAAAGACACACUUUUGAGGAAAAUGAGUUAAAUGUCAAACAGGAUACUGGGGUUAGUGCUAAGGAAGUUAAAGACACUGACACCAAGCAAGUCCAAGAGGUCAUACCCAAGCAAGGCCAAGGUGUUGAACCCAGGCAAGGCCAAGGUAUUGAACCCAAGCAAGGCCAAGGUGUUGAACCCAGGCAAGGCCAAGGGUUUGGUCAAGUCAGAACCCAACAUGUUGCUCUUGAGGAAGACCCUAACCAAGUUGAAAUAAAGGUCAUGCAGAAUGAGACUGAUACUAAUAAAGACUCAAUGUUGCAAGGUACACUGCAACAACACUGCCAUUCCCAGUUUGCUAAGAUCGUUGAAGGCAAACAAGAGGACAAGUGUAAUGGUAAACCUAUUGUAGAAAUUGAUAGUAAACAGAGUGACAAAUAUGCACAUAAGAAGGCUCCUCAUAAGCAUGAUAAUAAACAGGAUGAACACUUCAAUGCAGAGCAAGAGAACAAGCAACAGCAUCAACCUAAGGAACUGGUAGGUGUGGAUCACAUGCCAGACCACAAUCAGUUUACUGACCACAAAAAUAGUGAAGCUAAAAGCACUUCUAUAGAUAUUCAACAGCAGAAUCAAGGUGGCCAUCAGUUCAAUAAACAAGUCAACAGUAUUCAACAAGUCCAGAAAAGUGGUGACCAUCAAGAUGAUGGUAGGGAAAGUAUUGGGCAUUGGAAUGAUAACCAAUUUAAUUACAUGUAUUUGCCGUCCUCUAUGUCAAGUGAGCAGCGAGGUGAAGACGAAGAAAUUAAUUGGCAACAGACCAGUAUGCAAGGUGCUGAACAGCAUAGUAGCAGUUUUCUUCCUCACUCUGAAAAUGGCAAGAUAAAUUCUAAUGGGAAAGCUCAACACCAGAGGUGUAUUUAUAACCCAAACAAAUACCAGCACCAUAUUAAUCAGAAACAGGUAUCACAGCAGGACUAUAGUUCAAACUUAACUGAAAAUAUUCCUGAGCAAAUAGGUCAUCCAGUAGGUAAGGGAGACGAGUUGCAAGAAAAGGUGCUAAGAGAAUACCAGGGUGUUGUACAAAAUACCCAGAGAGAUCAUCACCAACAGAGUAGCAAACAUGACAAUUGUGAGAGUGUGAACCAAGGUGAAAUGCAUUUUAGUCAACAAAAUUACAAGCAUCAUGAAAACCAACAAGGUUAUCUGCAGCAAUGUGAUCAAGCUUAUCCUGAUAGUCCAAAUCAUCACCAACCCCACCAUAAGGACUGUACCAAUGCUUACUACAGUCCUCCUCCAGAAUAUGGCCGUGGCUCAUAUGGUCGUCGGCCUCGAAGAGGAAGAGGUAAAAGUGAAUACUACCAGCAGCAGCAGCAUCAUCAGCAGCAGCAUCAUCAUCGUAACCAAAAUUCACAAGGAUUCUCUCAGUCAAGAUUGCUUACAUGUGGUUGCUGUAAUGAGAAAUACGAUCUUGAUUUCAAGCACCCAAGAGUUCUGUACUGCCACCAUACUUUCUGCACAGAAUGUAUAGCUUACAUGUAUCAUAUGGGAACAGUUUACUGCUAUACUUGUAAUAAACGUACUUGGAGAGUGACUGCUCCAAACAAUCUUCCAAUUAACCAAACUCUUUUUGGAUUAAUGAAAGAAGGAAUUUGUAAGCCUACUGUCACAGUUGGUGAAAGUGAUCAACCUGUAAAUCAGUCUUAUAUCACUAAGGAGGAUCCAAUAAGGGGAGAACAGCUUUGUAAACCACCAAAACAGAGAGGAAAAUCUAUUAAGACAGCACAAAGUGACCAAGUUGAUUCUAGAAGAGAAAAUCUAGCCUCAUCAUCAAGUGAGUUACCCCAUGAUGGUAGGUGUGUAGAAUAUGGAAUACGCAUAAUUGCACACUGCACAACAUGUCAACAGUGGGUAUGUGAAAGUUGUCAGAAAGUUGAUCAUAAUAAAAAAGGCUGUGUUCUGAGGCCAAUAAAAAUUGCACUUGCAGAAAUGAAACAGAACAGUGUAAAAAAGGCACAUUCAACUUGUGAUUUCCUCAGCAAGUCUGUGAAGGAUCUCCAAAUAUACAGUGAUCACUUAAAUGUGCUCCUUUUGUCUAUGCGUGCUGCUUUUCAGUGUUUCGAGAAAGAGUAUGACAGUACAAAGAAGGCUUUACAGGAGGGUACACAGAAUGAAAAGCAUCUUAAAGAUGUUGAAUUAAAACUCUCAUCAUUAACCAACCUUCCGAAUGCAAUAGCAGGUUUACAAGGUCUUGACAAUGAGUGUGAUGUAGCUCAACGGUGGAUGUCGAGCACUCUGUCUAGAACCAUCAGUACUGGUGCAGUAAAAGGUGCAGCCAAGGAUCUCUUAAGCAUUACACUUCAGACCCUUAGGACAUCCACAACAGAUAAUGGCCAAGUGAAGCAAUUGGUGGCAUGUCAAGAAAAAUCAUCUGGCAAGAAAUUUUCACACCUGACAGUCAAUGGUGGCCGAAUUUUUCUACACUGUCUCACUGGCACCUUAACACUCAAGGAAGCUCGCCAGUUGCCGUUGGAGUGCUUCAAGUCCUACCUGGAUGGUGCUGCAUCUCUGACUUUCUUCGACCUGUCUUGGGAUGGUGCUUGUCAAGGUCAAGUUUACAUACGCUUGACUGGUGAUACAGUCAGAGGGCGCCAGUUUCUAGACUUGUGUACUGGCGAGAAAGGAGUUUCUUUCCAGAAAACUCCCUUCCAUCGUAUUUGGUGGAAGGGUCACCCAGGUGAACACAUAUGGGGUGGUGAUUAUGAACAAGGAGAUGGUAGUGGAGGUGCAUCAGUCUCAAAUAACAGUGAUAUUGAUAAAGCAGGUAUAUUAGGUCGAGCUGUCCCUAUCACAGCUGGUUUGGUUGCAGGGCGAUAUGAAAAGAAAAAUGUUAGUUCCAUCUUUCGGAUCUACACCAGAGAGGCCAAGGGUGUUAUUGAGGAAGCUGCUUUUGGUCAAGUGGAAUUUGGGCUUGAUGUAAUACAGAGAGCUAUCAACCAGAAGAACAUUAAAGAUGUGAUUAUUUCUGACUGCGGGGUGGUCUUGGAGUAGUAAGAACUAUGGUAAAUGUUAUGCUGGUGAACUGUUCCUUUCUCUAUUACUGCACAGUACUUGGAAAGGGGUUCUGGGUAACAUUUGCUUAUUUCAUGUUAAUUGUUUUUAUUUAAAGAUAUGCUUCACAUUUUAAAUA